AGCCCCUAUUGUUAAUUACUCCAUACUCGCAUUUCUCGGCCGUCUGUCUCCUUGAGCUUCUCUCGUCUUCCUCCGGGCCCAAACACGAUGGCGGGCGGGGUAAAGAAACCGGUUAACAUCUUCAAGCUGAAAAACCAGGAUGUGCCCAAAGAAGUCUUCAACUGGAGACUCUGGUUCUCCGUCUUCUCCUUUGCUCUCCUGGGUGCGGCCCGCGGCGUCGACGAGGGCCUAAUCAGCGGCGCCUUCAACAGCGAGCACUUCCAGCGGUCGAUCAACUACAGCUCGUACUCCAAGGUUGAGCAGGCAAACAUCAAGGCCAAUGUCUCGGCCAUGGUCCAGAUCGGCUCCGUCGGGGGCGCCCUCAUCGCCUUUCUCGUCUGCGACCGGAUUGGCAGAAUAUGGGCCACUCGACAGCUGUGCGCCCUCUGGAUCCUCGGCAUCGCCAUCUUCAUGGGCUCCAAGGGUAACCUCGGCGCCAUCUAUGCUGGGAGGUUCAUCGCCGGCCUCGGCGUUGGUCAAACGCCGGUCGUAGGUCCCGUCUACAUCGCCGAGAUCACGCCGGCCAGCAUCCGCGGACUCUGCACUUGUCUCUUCACCGGCUUCGUCUACAUCGGCAUCGUCCUGGCAUACUUCACCAACUACGGCUGCCAGGUCAACAUGGGCGAGACCACGGCCGUCCGCUGGCUCGUCCCGACCAGCCUGCACAUCAUGUUCUCGGGCCUGAUCCUCAUCCUCACCCUCUUCCAGUCCGAGAGUCCGCGCUACCUCAUUAUGAAGGACAAUCAUGAGCAGGCGCUCAAGACGAUGGCGCGCCUGCGCAACCUGCCGCCGCACCACGAAUACGUCGCCGGCGAGAUCGCGGCUAUCAUGGACGCCCACCGCCAAGAGACCGAAGCGGUCAGGCAGACGGGCUGGCUGGGGACCCUCAAGGAGGCCUUCCUGGACCCGGGCAACCUGUACCGCGUCUCGCUGACCAUCGCGGCGCAGAUCCUGUCGCAGUGGUCCGGCGCCGGCUCCAUCACGCUCUACGCGCCCGACCUGUUCCACCUGCUCGGCAUCGCCGACAAGAACACCAACCUACUCGUCACGGCCGUCUUCGGCCUCGUCAAGCUCGUCGCCGCCGUCAUCUGCUCCCUCUUCCUCGUCGACGUCAUCGGCCGCAAGCGCUCCCUCCUCCUCGGCAUCGCCUUCCAGGCCGUCGCCAUGGUUUACGUCGCCGGUUUCCUGACGGUCAUGCCGCAGCUCAGCAUGCACCAGGAGAACGCCGCGGCCAUGACCGGGUCGCAGCUGGCCGCCUCCAGGGGCGCCGUGGCCAUGAUUUACAUUUCCGGGUUUGGGUGGGCUUUGGGCUGGAAUAGCAUGCAAUACCUCCUCACGGCAGAGCUGUUUCCGCUGCGGAUCAGGGCGUUUUGCACCUCGCUGGCCAUGACGUUCCACUUUGCGAAUCAGUACGGCAAUUCGAGAGCGGUGCCAAACAUGCUGCUACCCGUCGCCGAUGGCGGCAUCUCGGCCCAGGGAACCUUCUGGUUCUUUGCUGCCGUGACCGUCCUUGGCGGACUGUGGGUGUGGUUUGCCGUGCCCGAGACGUCGGGGAGGAGCCUGGAGAGCAUGGAUCGCUUGUUCAGGUUGCCGUGGUACAAGAUUGGCCGGCAUGGCAACCGGGAGGCCGAAUUGGAGGACGCGAGGGAGCUCAGUGAGAAGGCCGACAAGCAGCAGGCUCAGGAACUGGAAGUGGCCGUGUCGACGAGGCACUGAGCAGCCGAGGGCAAAGCAUGAUUCAGGAUCGGGGUCGGGUGUUGCGUGCUUGCUAGGGAGCUAAUUAGCCGUUCGGUUGGGUUUCCGUGUAGCACGUUCAACCCAUAUCGAAGAACGAAAGAAGAGAAUCCGCUGGUCGUGGUGGGUCAAGAAGGGCAGGAGCCCAGUGUUCCUCUCAUCAGCACGCAAGUUCCAGCAUCCCGGCUUUCAAUCUUACUGUUCCGGCCCGAUCCACCAAG